UAACUUUUCGCGCUCGGUGACUGCUUGGAGACAGGCGAACGGACGACCGCUCUUCUAGGGUCUCCACUGCCUUCCGCAGUUUCACUGUCCACAUCGCCGUCGGAGAUAUCAAAGCGCUUGGUUUCCGCCGAAGCGAGAGAGGCAGAGGGCGAGCGGAGGAAUCAAAAUCUGGGGGCGGAUCUUUCUUCGAGCCUCUCCUUUUAUCUUCGAUGGCGCGCGCUUCAAAUCUCCAUUCCACUCUCCUCCUCCUCUGAGAUCGUCGAACAUCGCCUCGUUCCCCUCUGUGUCCCCCUUUCCUUAUCCCGUCGUCGAUUGGACGAAUGGCCAACGCGCUGGGGCUCACAUCGCCGCCGGUGCACUUCUUCCGGGGUAAAAAGAUGGCUCUUUGGGACCUCUCCAGACCCAUCCAAUGGACGCCGCUUAGGUGCCGGGCCGCAGCCGAGGCUGGGGUCGAGUCCCGCGUUCCCGAAUCUGCCUCGCCUAGGUCGAUGCCCCCAAGGGUUGUUGGAAUGGGUUCAAAACUUGUUGGAUGUGGAUCAGCUGUCCCUAAGCUUAUUGUUUCCAAUGCUGAUCUUGCACAAAUUGUUGACACCUCAGAUGAAUGGAUUUCUGUUCGGACAGGGAUUCACAACAGACGAAUUCUUUCAGGAAAUGAAACAUUGGGUAGCUUGGCUGUGGAGGCAGCAAAUGGGGCUCUUGAAAUGGCUCAAGUAAAUGCUAGAGAAGUUGAUCUUAUCAUUAUGUGUUCGUCCACUCCUGAUGAUCUUUUUGGAUCUGGUGGCCAGAUUCAGAGAGACUUGGGGUGUAAAGAUGCAUGGACCUUUGACAUAACAGCUGCAUGUAGUGGGUUUGUUGUGGGCUUAAUCACUGCUACCCGCUUCAUUAAAGGUGGCGGGUUUAAGAAUAUCCUGGUAAUUGGUGCAGAUGCUCUCUCUCGAUAUGUGGACUGGACAGACCGAGGCACCUGCAUACUUUUUGGUGAUGCUGCUGGUGCUUUGUUAGUCCAGGCAUGCAGUAGUGAUGAAGAUGGUUUGCUUGGUUUUGAUGUACAUAGUGAUGGCCAUGGCCAAAGGCAACUAACUGUUCUAGCAAGAGAUGAGCGAAUGGAGAUCACCUCAAGCAUGAAUGGUGCUCCUCUGUUCCCUCCAAAGAAGAAAUCUUUUUCUUGUAUCGAAAUGAAUGGUAAGGAGGUUUUCCGCUUUGUCGUUCGCUGCGUACCUCAGUCUAUUGAAGCCGCUCUGGAUGAGGCUGGCAUUCCCACUUCAAGUAUUGAUUGGUUGCUACUUCAUCAGGCAAAUCAGCGGAUCAUAGAUGCUGUUUCCACCCGCCUAGAUAUACCUUCUGACAAAGUCAUAUCGAAUUUGGCAAACUACGGGAACACCAGCGCUGCCUCCAUUCCUUUGGCAUUGGACGAGGCUGUUCGGAGCGGAAAGGUUCAGCCUGGGAAUACCAUUGCUACGGCCGGUUUUGGUGCAGGGCUGACUUGGGGUUCAGCAAUUGUGAGGUGGAAAUGAAUCUUCCUUAUGAGGUUUCAGAUUGCAGUUGGCAUGUAAUGCCUCAACCUCAUCAAUUUAUAAUUCCUGAACCAGCAUGCAUUUCCAAUUCAUGUUUGGAAAAAUGCACAGAGGGUUAGUUGUUUUCAUUUUUGCCGGUGUUUACGUUGUCUGUCUUGUCAAUUUGUCGUUCCUCGUUCCGAAUAAUAGUCGAAUCAAGCAGCCUGUAUGCUGAUACUGGAUGGCUGUUUUAUCUUCCUUGAAAAACUUCUUUCACGAGGUAAAUGAUUGAUUCAUUAGAUAUUCUCUUCA